AUGGUCAAAGAUACCAGGUUCUAUGAUUUGUUAAAUGUUUCGCCUACGGUGUCACCACAGGAGUUGAAAAAGUCGUACAAGCUUGCAGCGUUGCGAUACCAUCCUGAUAAGAACGGACACAGUGAGUCUGCAAAACAGGCGUUCCAGCAGAUAACGGAGGCGUAUGGGAUUCUCAGUGAUGAGCGGAAGAGAAAGAUCUAUGAUAGGUAUGGGGUUUCGGAUGAGAACGAGAUAGUGGCGAUAUUAGCGUCUCAGAAGCGUGCAGCAGCAGCAGCAGCGCCGGCAGCUACGGCAGCGAGAAACAUGGAGAUGACACCUGGGGAUUUGUUUGCGCAUUUCUUUGGCGAUGGGUUUGGAGCGGGAGGGGAGUUUUCGUUUCUACAGGGCAACUUGGGGGGGCAUUGCCGGUUUAAUUCAGCUGCCAAAGACAAGGCGCGAGAUGGGAAAAGCAGGGGCCCGGACAUCAAGCACAAUUUGAAAUGUGAGCUGAAGGAGUUGUACUCUGGUAAGGUUGCGAAGUUGGGACUUACGAGAACGAGGUUGUGCCAUCGAUGUUCGGGCCACGGCAGUAUGACAAGCAGUGUUUGUGGCGAGUGCCGGGGCCAAGGUGUGUACUCGCAAACGAGAAGGCAUGGGCCGUUAGUGCAGACGUGGUCGUCUUCGUGCAGAAAUUGUUCUGGGGCUGGUACGUUUGUAAAGUCUAACGAUGUGUGUCAGACGUGCCGGGGAACCGGAUACAUACGAGAACGCAAGAUUUUCGAAGUUGAAAUCAAACCGGGGCUGUCUAAUAAAUCUGAAAUCAUCCUUCCCGGCGAAGCAGACCAGGUUAUUAGCACAGUGUACGGGAAACAGCAGGUCAUACCUGGAGACGUUAUUAUAAUAGUGCAGGAGCAAUGUAGUACAGGCAGAUACCGAAGAUUCAGGGAAUCAGAUUUGGUGUUGACUAGGUGUGUUGUCGAUCUUCGAACAAGCCUCUGUGGCGGAUCGAUCUAUAUCGACGAUCAUCCGAGCGGCAGGCCUAUCAAGCUCGAGGUAAUACCUGGUGAAUUACUAAAUCCAGGAUCCAUAAAAUGUGUCGAAAACUUGGGCAUGCCAAAGCGGGACAACCCCUCGCAAUACGGUGAUCUAUAUAUUAAGUUCUGUGUGAACUUUCCUGAGAGGCUAGAACCAGAAACUAUGAAUGUGAUAUCAAGUGCCCUUGCCUCAGAUUCGAACAUUAUACGACAAGAGAAUAUAACCGAGCCCUCCUCUGCCCAAACUCGGAACCCUGAUUGUUAUGAAGAACAUGUCUUUAGUAACUUUAACGAAAUUCCCGAUCUACGGAAAAGAAGACACUACAACAGCUCUGUAGCUGGCAAUAAAAGGCACAAACCAGGAGGUAUCUACGAGUCCGAAGAUGAAUACUCAGACAGAAGUUACGAUGAAGAUGCAUAUGACGACGGGUUCGAUGUUUAUCCUGACGCUCGGCCAAAGACCUAUCGCAUGGGUGAAGAAGCUACGACUGCGUCCUAG